CAAAUUAUUACAACAUGAAGUUAUCGUUGUUAUUGUUGUCAGUUUACAAUUUAAAAAUGUGCUUGUGAUUUGGAUGUGCAGCCCUGGCAAACGGUACAUUGACCGCAUUUGUCUUUUGUGCUUGCGCAGAAGCAAAGUUUUGAAAAUUGGUAAUGGCCUCCAUUGAUACCAGCAAGCGCAAACCAAGACGAACGCAAGGCACGCCGUCAUUUAAGUACCGUAAUCGUUUCGCCUAUGCUUUCCUUGCGAUUGGUCCGAUGCUUUUUGGGCUUUGGUGCCUAACACCUAUGCAACGCAUUACCAACGAGAAGCUUAGAGAGUUAACACAACAAACCGAGCAGGAGAAGGAUCGUCGAGCACUGUUUGAAUUUGGGGCCCCACGCAGGGCGGAGUUUAUUAGGGAAGCGUUGAAGGAGGCGGACGAUCUGUCCAAGGAGCGAUAACAAUAUGGAGCGGAAGACGCGCAGGGCGAACUUAAAGAAACUACAGGAACCAGCCACCACCAGCACCACCAAGCUGCGGUAGGUCAAGUUGAUUCAGUUAGCUUUUCGCUUCUAGCUGUUGAACAAAUAAAAUGGUAUUCUAGUACUAAA